GUAUCAAUGCUAUUUUGUAAGUAGGCCCUCUGAUUAUUCUUCAAUGCCAAGAAAAAGUGGGAAGUUCUUAGCUUUGAAAUUAGGAUGAGAUUACAUGAGACAAGCCAUAAGCUAGGAAAGGUGAUUUUAUUUUCAAGAUUUUACUUGAGACAAUCUUGCUGCAAUUUGCCUAUCUGUGAUUCUUGAUUUAAAGGAUUUGAAAUUGUUUGCAUCAAAUUAUGGGUAACGUGAUUGAAAUGCCUGAAGGGAAAAGAGAGUGAGAGUGAGCAAGCAAACCAAGAAGAAUGUGCAACAAGGUUGAGUUGAAGUUGUGAAAUGGCAUGUUGAGGUUCCAAUCCCAACUCCAAUGAAAAAUGAGGUUCUGCUGAAAGUGGAAGCAGCUAGUCUAAAUCCAGUUGAUUGGAAAAUUCAGAAAGGCCAGCUGCGGCCUCUUUUCCCAUUGAAUUUCCCUCUAAUACCUCUAACGGACGUAUCUGGAGAGAUUGUAGAGGUUGGCGGAGGAGUCAAAAAGUUCAAAGUGGGAGACAAAGUUGUUAUAAUGCUCAACCCUUUUUACGGAGGUGGGUUGGCUGAGUUUGCAAUCUCUAAUAAGAGACUGAUGGUUACUAGGCCACCUGAAGUUAGCGCAGCUGAAGGUGCGGGCUUACCUAUUGCUGGUCUCACAGCUCACCAGGCUGUCACACAAGCUGCAGGGAUCAAGCUCGAUGGCACUGGCCAGAAGCAGAAGAACAUAUUGGUCACUGCGGCCUCUGGUGGAGUCGGUCACUACGCAGUCCAACUAGCAAAGCUUGGAAACAGUCAUGUCACCGCCAGUUGUGGAGCUCGGAACAUUGAAUUGGUGAAGAGCUUAGGGGCGGAUGAGGUUCUUGAUUACAAGACCCCUGAAGGGGCUGCUCUAAAGAGUCCAUCUGGUCGGAAAUAUGAUGCCGUGAUCCACUGUGCAACUGGCAUUCCUUGGUCUACUUUUGAGCCUAACUUGAGUGAAAAGGGGAAGGUCAUAGACAUUACUCCUGGUCCUAGUGCCUUCUCUACUUGUGUUCUGAAGAUGCUAACUUUCUCCAAAAAGAAGUUGGUGCCACUUAUGUUGUAUCCCAAGACUAAGAACCUGGAUUAUCUUGUGAAGCUGGUGAAGGAAGGAAAGCUCAAGACGGUGAUCGACUCGAGGCAUCCUCUGAGCAAGGCUGAAGAUGCUUGGGCUAAGAGUAUUGAUGGCCAUACAACUGGGAAGAUCAUUGUGGAGCCUUAAUUAGCUGAUAGAACAAGGGAUACAUAAUGUGUGUGUGUGUGUGUGUGUAUUGAUUUGAUAUCAUUUGAACAUGACUGUAUUGUAAAUGGGAGGUUUGGGUUUAUAAGGUCAUGUCUUGUGGAAGUUAUACUUGACAGGACUUCACAAGUUCAUGCACUUAUUUUGGUUUUGAGAAGAAGUUUACUACAUGAGCUUGUCCUGCCUUUUGAAGCUGCAUUUCUUCUUGCUAGC